AUGACCACUCCAGAAACGACUCAAAGUCCGCCAGCUGGCCGAACAUGGCGCAACUACUUUCCCGACGGUGACCUUUGGGUAUUUGGUUAUGGGAGUCUCAUUUGGAAGCCACCACCACACUAUGACCAGCGAGUUCCAGGCUAUAUCGAUGGAUAUGUCCGACGCUUCUGGCAGGUUUAUAUCGCUGAUAACCGUAGUACCGACCAUCGCGGCACCCCAGAAGCGCCAGGUCGGGUGGUAACAGUCAUCGAACGGGGUUUCUGGGAAACCCUAGACGACCCGCACGCACAUCUUGAAUCCUCAACAGCCCGCGUCUGGGGCGCAGCAUACCACAUCCCCGCCUCUCAUGCCGAGGAAGUCCACGACUACCUCGACGAACGGGAAAUAGACGGCUACACCGUCCACUACACCCCUUUCAUCCCAUAUCUGCCGUCUCCGCAUCCACCGUCUCCAAGGCCCCGGGACGGAUGCGGUGCCGGAGACACAGCGCACGCCGCACCAAUCACUUGCAUGGUGUACAUCGGGCAGCCUAGCAAUCCGCAAUUCCUGCGCGAUCCGGCUCGGCGCGAACCGCAGGAUGUCGCGGAGGUGAUUAGCUGCGGGCGUGGCCAGAGCGGGAAGAACACCGAGUAUCUGUACCUGCUCGAGAAAGCGUUAGAGGGGCUAGGGCUCGGGAGUGCUGAUAUGCAUGUCACUGACCUGGUACGACGGGUCAAGGCGAUUGAGAGCACGGAGGAAGCGACAGCCGAACAGGCGGCUGCGGAGAGAGAUGUGAAGGAAUCCCUCGAAGCGUCUUGGGCCGAGGCGCAUAGGGAUUCGCAGAUCGAAUAGUGUGCAAACUUAUGUACAGAUGACGGCUAUACAUGAUGAUUAGAUAGAAUAGACGGUAUACAUUGGGUAUAUACAUGUACCCGUACCCGACUGAAGGUCUGUUGGACUCUACACUCGACCACCUUCGAUAAAGAUUUGGGCCUUCUCCUGAAUGAAAGAUCCCCGUCACUGAGAAGUAGAAUUGCAAGUAGGGAAAGAAGAAGAAAGAGAAGGA